AUGCUACAUAAUAGACGUGAAGUCGUACCUUUCAAUCACGUACAAGGUGUUACAUCCACAAAUGUCUGUGCUUAUUCCAAUGGUGAUGAUCAUGUUUUGUUCCUCGAACGUCACUAUUAUCAUGGAAUAUUUUUGGGCUUUAAAUGGGAAUGUAUUGAAUUCGCACGCCGAUGGCUUUUAAUGUGUAAAAGUUGUAUUUUACCAAAUAUACUUCAUGCUGCCGACAUAUGGAAUCAAUUGCGGACUCUUGAACAUCUUACUGAUGGGAGAAAAAUUUCGCUAACACCCUAUUUAAAUGGUUCAUCAGAAAAACCAAAACGUGAUUCGUUACUCAUCUAUCCACGAAGUUCAGCAUUACCAUUUGGUCAUAUUGCUAUUAUAUGUGACGUAGUACCCGGUUAUAUCCGUGUUGCUGAACAAAACUAUGAAUAUUAUAAUUGGUCGGAUAAUUAUUCGCGCCAAAUCCCAUUGAUAUUUAAAAAUAAUUGCUAUUAUAUUGAAGAUCAACAUGAAGUAUCCGGCUGGAUGACAGUUGAAGAUAGUGAAAAUUUAGAACCAUUAGAUGAAACAAAACUUGAUUUAGUUUUAAAACAAUAUCACCAAACGAAUUCCAUGGGAACGUUCGAACGUUGUACGAUACCUAAUAAAAAUACACAUUUAACAUUUUCAUGGUUGAAUGAAAAUGAUAAAGCUGAAAAAUUAUUUAUGGAUUUAUAUGGAAGUGAUCUAAUACGUACUGAUACAAAUACGUUACCUUAUUAUAAAGCAAAUCAAGAUUUACUAUUAAAUAUAGGUGGCGUAUCCAAUGAACUACAUGAAAUGUUUCUUAAUGCCACAGAUUACGUAUUAAAAAACGAUGAAUUAUUGGCAAAGUUUUGCAUUCCGGAAAUUUUCUGGCCAAAAAUCCGUCAAUCGUGGUUAAACGAAAAAAAUUUAACGAUGUCGGGUCGUUUCGAUUUAGCAUUUAAUGGGAAGGAAAUCAAAGUAUUCGAAUACAAUGCAGAUAGUGCUUCGGCUUUAUUUGAAACAGCAAUAAUACAAGAAAAAUGGGCAAAAACAAUUAAUUUCGAACGUACAUUUAUGUCCGGUUUUCAAUUGCAUCAUAUUUUAGUUAAGAAUUGGAAAAAAUUCUCUUCAAUUAAACGUGUACAUAUUUUAAUCGAUGCCGACCAAGAAGAAUUGUUAACUGCAUAUUACAUGCAAAAUGUAUUGAAAGACGCAAAUAUUGAUUCAAAAAUAUGUAUUUUAACGAAUGAUUUAUAUUGGCAAGAUUCAAAAAUAAUUGACAAUGAAGGUUAUCAAGUUGAAUUAGUAUGGAAAUUAUGGAUGUGGGAAACAAUUUUUAGCAACUAUACAAAAUAUGAAAACGAAAAGACUCUAAAUAAUAAAAUCGAUGGUGAACAUCCAUUUCUCUGUCAAAUACUCUUAAAUGAUGAUAUCAAAGUUUUUGAACCAUUGUGGAAAGUUAUACCAAGCAAUAAAGCCAUAUUGCCUAUUCUAUGGUCGUUGUAUCCAAAUCAUCCGAAUCUUUUACGUAGUGAAUAUGUAUUAACUGAUGAUUUAAAACAAGUACCUUUUGUUAAAAAGCCAAUUGUAGGUCGAUGUGGUCAUAAUGUAACAUUAUACAAUGUUAAUGGCGAAUCUGUUAUUGAUGAAACCAAAGGUAAAUUUGUUGAUCGAAAUUGUAUAUAUCAAGAACUAUUUUCGUUGACAAAUUUUGAUGGUUAUCGUGCUAUUAUUGGCAGUUGGAUAAUACACGGUCUAUUUGCUGGUUUUGGAAUACGUGAAGAUACAAAAUUAAUUACGGAUGCCGAUAGUCCAGUGACUGCUUGCUGUAUUGUAUGGAAAUAA